CUGCAGCUCUUGUGGGGUGUUCCCGGUCUGCAGUGGUCAUUAUCUAUCAAAAGUGCUCCAAGGAAGGAACAGUGGUGAACCAGUGACAGGGUCAUGGACGGCCGAGGCUCAAUGAUGGCUGGCCCGUGUGGUCCGAUCCAACAGACGAGCUCCUGUAGCUCAAACUGCUCCAGAAGUUAAUGCUGGUUCUGAUAGAAAGGUGUCAGAAUACACACAGUUUGUUGCGUAUGGAGCUGCAUAGCUGCAGACCAGUCAGGGUGCCCAUGCUGACCCCUGUCCACCGCCCAAAGAGCCAACAGUGGACACGAGAGCAUCAGAACUGGACCACGAGCAAUGGAUGAAGGUGGCCUUGUCUGAUGAAGAGCCCAUGCGACAAGUCAGGGCUGUUUUGGCAGCAAAAGGGGACCAACACAAUACAAUACACAAAAAACAUUUUUUACUCAUUUAUUAUUAUGUUUACAUAUUAUUAGGUGACCAUUACUAAUUACUGGUGCUUGUGUUUUGGUUUGGAUGGCCUCUUUUACAGAUAUUAUGUAUUUAUCAAGCAUACAGUGCAUUUAGAAUGGUAUUUUCUUGAUUCGCUAAAAUGAACAUCUUUGAGGGGAAAAGGGGGGGCUCAUAUGGGGCUUGCUAUGCCACUGCACCAUGACAUGUGUGUUGUGUUGAGUCUGGAGCAGAAGUUUUUCAGUGAAUGUGCUUUGGAUAAUAUUUUAAAAAUAUAGUGGUGAAUUAAUAUUGCUUCAUAAAACUGAGGUUAAACCAUUGGAGUCACAUGGAGUACUUUAAUGAUGUCUUUCCUGGGUCUUGAAUGUGUUAGUUGCAUUGCCCCCAAUGGAGGAACAGAAAGCUUUAACUCUUUCAUGUUAUCUGAUUGAGUUCAUGAGGAAAUUGAAGGGUUACAGAUGACAGGAAGCAAGUAGAGAGGGGGUUGAGUGACUAAUAAUCAAACUUUAACCUGAUAAAAUCUAUUUAUUUAAUGUUAUCUGUGUUAUAUUUCAUCUGCAAUAACAAUGUGAACUUUUAACAUGUGAACUGUCUUCUGCAGGAAUCUAGAGAAAUUAAUGCACAUUUCCAUGAUCAGUAUCUGCUCAUCAUGGUGUCGCACCUGUUUUCUGCUGGCACUGACAUGACAGGAAAGUAGAGUUUGUCCUUUGUGAAACCACACAUUAACCAGUGUUGCAUUAGCUGAACAAUUGAGAUGAGCUGAUGCACCGUGACCACACUUCAACACAAGCAAAGACAUUUUCAGCGAUAUAAAAACCCACCGUUGUCGUCUGGUCUAGCUCAUCUCUUGGUGUGAAGGGUUUUUGUCGUCUGGUUGUGAGUGAAUGACUUUUCUGAUCUUCUCAUCUUUGAGCACCUGAAACAAAAUAUAUACAGACAACAAUAUUCUCAGCAUCUGUUCUUCAUCUGAGGGGUUUGACUGAAUCAAGAUGCUGCUGAUCAUUGAAGCUCUUCUUCUCAUUUCAUCUGCUCUAGGACGGGAUCACAGAGAUGCUGUUGAAGAACACAAAUUGGAUAUGGCACUGAAUUCUGUUGAUGACUAUUAUUACGGCUGUAGACAGAACAUGGCUAAAAAGGUGAAGGAAAAAUAUCUAAAUGAGAAAUGCGAUAACUCUGAAUUUGAAAGAAAUGGAUUUAAAAAUGCUUGGCAAAAAGGUGAAAGUUAUGUAUCGAACCAGAAAAAAAUGAAACAUGAUACCUUGAAAUGUAACUUCAUUGCCAUUUAUGUGUACACUGACAUAGAUUUUAAAAUAUAUCAAAUAUUCAAUAAUGACGCUCGUAAUGGAAAACAAAACUACAAAGACGGGACAUACAAAUGGUAUUCACUUCAAUUUCUGUUAACAGAAGCGAUAGAGAUUCUGAGGAAAAAACAAAAUAGAUGCUUUAAAACCUUUCGUGGUACAAAUCUUACAUUUAAUGAGAUUACUUUUCCAGAAAUUCGUUUCGGCUCGUUUACAUCCUCCUCUCUUGAUCGUUACAUAGCAAAACGUUUUGGAAAUAAAUCCUGUUUUGAAAUCUACACUUGUUUAGGUGCUGAUGUGUCAGAAUAUUCUAGGCUUCCUUAUGAGAAAGAGGUGCUGAUUCCUCCAUAUGAGAAGUUUAAAGUCACUGCUGUCAGGACAAAAAAAUAUCAGAAAGAUCUCUGGUGUGAGACUGUGUACACUUUGAAAAACUCUGGAACAAGAAGUGAACUGAACUGUGCUCUAUUCAAACCACCCAAAAACAUAACAAAGCACUAUGGUGUGUUUAAUUUCUGGUGUGACACUGUAUUACUGUGAAAAACUCUGUGCACCAUGGUAUCCAACAGUGCAAAACAAGUUACUUUCUUGAACUCUGUACUAAUUUUAACAUUAUUUUGUGUUAACCUGUUGAUACUGCAUGUUUCUUGUUGCUAUUGAACACUGAGGUAAACAUCAGAAAAUCAAAAAGUGCUUAAGCUUUUUUAUUACUAUUUUUCAGAUUCAACUUCUGUCAACCAAAUAAAUCUC